AUGUCAGCAUCUCUAGUUGGACUUGCUCUUGUCCUGCUCGCCUUUCCGGAGCACGCUGUGAUGAGUACACCAUUUGGCAACAGCUCAGAAACUGCACAUUUGGGUUCAGCAUACAUCCAUCAGGCUCUUCAGAGAGCCAUUGAGCUGACUGAUGCUGCCUAUGCCCACACGUCUGAGAGGGUGAAGAAGUCUUAUACUGAAGGUGCCCUCAAACCCAGUGACCUACUGGCCCAGUUUAAACAGAUUGAAACCAGAACCCGGACUCACAUUCGAGCUGCUGAGCUGCUGGACAACACAGUGGAGCUGAUCCGAGAGAUGGUCUACACCAACACGAUGGUGCAGCCCAAGCCGUAUGAGCUUUUGAGUGAAGGAGACGUGGAGAAUCUGCUGCAGAUGACCGGUUGCUCUGCUGAGCUGCACACCCUCAGCUGUCAGACAGGCUGCAUGUCUGAGCGCUACAGGUCCAUCACAGGCGAAUGCAACAACAGACAACAUCCAAGAUGGGGUGCUGCAAACAUCCCAUAUUCCCGCUGGCUGCCUCCAGAAUAUGAGGAUGUGUGGGGGACGCCCAGAGGCUGGGACCCUGAACACACCUACCAUAACGUCAGCCUCCCUCCUGUGAGGCUCGUGUCGCAGGAAGUGCUGUUUACUCACAAUGAUAAAAUCUCUGUGGACUCCACUCUGUCCCACCUGCUGGUGGACUGGGGUCAGUGGAUAGACCACGACAUGGUGCUGACCCCUCAGAGCCCCAGCACAUCCGUCUUCAAGACGGGCGCUGACUGCACCCGCAGCUGCAGCCGGGACUCGCCCUGCUUCCCCAUUCAGAUCCCGCUAUCCGAUCCUCGCAGCGGCGUCCAGAGCUGUAUGCCCUUCUUCCGUUCUGCUCCCAGCUGUGAUAAUGGAGUCCUGCCUCCUCGCCAGCGGGAGCAGCUCAACGCCAUCACCUCCUUCGUAGACGCCAGCAUGGUGUACGGCAGCUCCCCCGGCUUGGCCUCUGCUCUCAGGAACCAGUCGUCUCCUCUGGGCUCCAUGGCCCUCAACUCCCGGUACUGGGAUGAGGAGUUGCCGUACAUGCCGUUCCUGUCCCGGGUGCAGGCUCACCUGGACCCCUGCGGUCCCCGUAACUCCUCCACCGCGGGGGCGUCGAGCAGAUCGGCACUCAGGGAGAACACCACUUCAUGCUUUCAUGCUGGGGAUUCAAGAGUCAAUGAACAUCUGGGACUGAUUGUGCUGCACACACUCUUUCUGAGAGAGCACAACCGGCUGGUGAAGGAGCUGCACCAGCUCAACCCUCACUGGAGUCCAGAGACCCUCUAUCAGGAAGCAAGGAAGAUCAUCGGAGCCAUCCACCAGAUCCUAACCUGGGAGCACUACCUGCCACGGGUGCUUGGUGAGAGCGCCAUGUCCCAGCUGAUGCCCCGGUACCAGAGGUAUGAUCCAGAUGUUGACCCAAGCAUCGCCAACACUUUUGCUACGGCGGCGUUCCGUUUUGCUCACGUCACUGUUCAGCCAGUAGUGAACCGUCUGGGUCCAGAUUACACCUUUAACCCAGAGUAUCCCCCUCUGCCUCUGCAUCACUCACUGUUUGCUUCAUGGAGGGUCAUACAGGAAGGUGGUAUCGACCCAGUGCUGCGAGGCAUGCUGCUGUCUCCCGCCAAGCUGCAGACUGCAGGUCAGAUGAUGGUGGAGGAACUCACAGAAAGGCUGUUUCAGGCACAGGGGGGGAUGCCUCUGGACCUCGGGGCCCUGAACCUGCAGAGGAGCCGGGACCACGGCCUGCCUGGGUACAGCUCAUGGCGCCAGUUCUGUAAUCUUUCUGUUCCCAACACGAUGUCAGAUCUGGCCGAAAUUUUGGGGAACUUCACUUUGGCUCAUAAAUUUGAGCUUUUAUACGGAACACCGCACAAUAUCGAUGUUUGGGUCGGGGCCAUAUCUGAGCCGGCUCUGCCCGGAGGACGAGUGGGACCGCUCCUGUCCUGCCUCCUGACCAGACAGUUCAGAGCACUGAGAGACGGGGACAGGUUCUGGUGGGAGAGAAAUGGAGUUUUCACCAGAACCCAGAGGAGACACCUGCACAACGUCUCCCUGUCCCGCAUCAUUUGUGACAACAGCCACAUCAGCCGUGUCCCUGUGGACCCGUUUUCACGCACCGAGAGCCCUGAAGACAUGCUGGCCUGUUCCCACCCACUCAUCCCCCAUCUUGACCUCGGCCCCUGGAAAGAGCCUCACACAGAUCCCAUCUGUGGCCCGAUACCCAGGAUUCACUCUGGCUACUCUCUGCUCUGCAACUUCACGAUCCUUUAUCAGUGUCGGGUUGGAUUCAGGCUGCUGGGCUCUGCAUCCAUCAGCUGUGAUGCAGAGAGCCAGAAGUGGAGCUCUCCGCCUCCAACGUGUCAAGAUAUCAAUGAGUGUGAGGAGCUGAUUUCUUCUUGUCCACAACAUCUGGAAUGCUUUAACACAGCAGGUUCCUUCGUUUGCUCAGAGCCCUCCCGCCUGUCUGCUGUCUCCAUCGUGGCUGCAGUGAUAGUGGUGAUGGUUGGUGCAGCCAGCCUGGUGCUGCUCCUGAUCUGUUAUCGAAGAUAUUUCCCAAAGUCUGAAGAGUUGAUCUCUGCUGAAUGUAGGCAGGAGAAGAGUUGACCUCUUUUAAUCUGUUUUUAUAUUAAUUUGACUACUCUGAUGGACAAUUUUGUCCCUUUUACAAAUAAUGUUUUCACUAAGUGUUUGAACAAGUUGUUGUUUAAUUGUAAGCCCCUCCCCACAUGUGAUGUCACGUUUUUUCCCCACGGUUACGACAGCGUCCAUUCAUAAAACCCCGGGCCAAACUAUUCGUACUCGUCUCCGGCGGUUUGUUGUAAACAAGUCAUGAAAACAGAAGCCGUUUUAAUCCGGAAACUGGAAAUCUUACAGGAACGAUUGCUCCAAAAACAGAUUUCCUAGUCUUAGUGUGACUGAGCCUGCUUACCGCUUACAAACCUGUUGGGAAACCGCGGGCCAGAAUGUUUUCCUGUCACGGUGACCGGAGAGAAGAGGCAGCCUGGGACCUCACGGCACCACAAACAUGUCUGCCAUAUUGUCCAUGCUUGAUUGCCUGCAUGCUGUCCAGUCAAGACUGUUUUUAUAGUUGACUAAUGAGCCAACCAAUUCACUUUGACUUUAUAUGUCAUUUUGCAUUAUUUAUUAAACCAAUAGAACUUUGGACAAAGGAAUAGCUAUAAUCAAACUGUCAGAGACAGAUAGUAACUAGUAACAUUUACUUGAGUAACGUUUUGGUAAAAAUUGACUUUUGUGAGCAGCUUAACUACACAGCAGCCUUACUCUCGAGUAAUAUUAUGUAGUAUCACUACUUAAUUUGAAAGGUAAGAGUAAAUUUUACUCUUACUUGAGUAAACUUUCUAGAUACUCUACCCACUGUGAGUAACCAGAUACACACAUGUAGUUUGUUAAAGUGAGACCUCUUGUUUCUACACAAGCCUUUCUAUUCUAAUGUUAUUUUUUUAUCUACUGAGCAGGUUGUCACUUUUUGAGGUCAAGUAAAUAUAUAGUAAGCACCAUAUAUUGUCACCAGAAGUACUUUUUUUUUUAACCUUCUGUAAGUAUUAAUGUUAUACAGAGAAACUACUUGGAAAAGUGUUUAUUCUACUUAAAAUUUAUUUUUAAAAUCAUUUGUAUCAAAUUUUUAUGUCUAAAUACCAGAAUUUGCACAAAACUUUAUAUAUUUGACAUCAUAAAUUUGAUGUUACUCAGUACUUGAGCAGCCUUUUUACUAAAUACGAGUAAUAUUCUUGGAUGGCUACUUUUUACUCUCCUUGUCAAGUUGUUGACGUGAAACUACACCUUAAUGUUUUGAUGAUGCGAUAUUUAAACACUCCUUGUAGGUGGAGUAAUUAAGGUGGGGUGAAGAUUAAGUCACUGUGCUUAAAAGAAGUGAACUGGCAAUUACUUGUUGAGAUUCUAUGUAAACAGUUACACUAUGAAUCAAGUGUGACCCAGAACAGACAUUUUUCUUUUGUAUGUUCACAGUACAUACAUAGUUUCAGUGAGAAAUUGUUUUUUAAUCAAAUUUUAUAGUUUUGACAAAUUUUCAGGCUUUCUAGACUUUUCUAAACAUUUCCAGAGCUUGAGGAAAGUCAUUUGCACUUACCUCAAAAUAUAAAAUACUACAGGUUUCCUGUAAAUUCAUGGUAAAUGUUUUUACAGCUUUAGCGUCUAAUGAAAAUAUCUAUAUAAGAAGCAAACAGGGAGGAAGGACAAAAAAGAAGUGGAGGUAGAAAAUAAGAAACAGAACUAGAACAAAAAAAAUUAAAAGAAUAGAAAGGUGCAGGAUGGUUGGGCAAAAGGAAGGAAGGCAAGACAUAAAGACAGAAACAAAAGAAUAAAGAGCAUAAAAAAGGAGGAAGGGAACAAGGAUCCAACAAAAGGCAGAAGGAAAAAACGUGGAAUAAAGUUACAUUAACAAUUUAAUAUUUUCCCACAGUGCAUCGCUUAGUUUGCUUAUACCUGUGGCCUGCUUU